AUGCUCCUCUUGUUCUGUCUGACCGCCCUCUCCUCUGCGGGGUUCUCCAUGGAGACGAACCAGACCUCCAGGCUGCUGGUGGAGAGCGGGGAGCAGUGCUCGCCCUGCGAGUACCGGGAGCACAACAAGCAGAUGAGGCUCCACAGCAUCAAGUCCCAGAUCCUCAGCAUCCUGCGGCUGGAGCAGGCGCCCAACAUCAGCCGGGACAUGAUCCGCCAGAUGCUGCCCAAAGCGCCGCCUCUGACGCAGCUGCUGGAACAGUACGACCCGCGGGUGGAGGAGGAGGACCACGCCACCACGGAGACCAUCAUCACUAUGGCCACCAUGCACAACCCGAUCUCCCAGGACGAGUUGUCCUCCUGUUGCCUCUUCAGCCUCAGUCCGAAGAUCCAGCCCAGAAACAUCCUGUUGGCUCAGCUGUGGGUUCACCUGCGGCCGGCCCACAUGGUCUCCACCGUCUUCCUGCAGCUCUCACACCUCAAACCCGGAAAGGAGGGAAACAACACCCGCGUGCGAGUGCGCUCGCUGAAGAUCGACAUCGACGCCGGAGCCGGUUCCUGGCAGAGCAUCGACAUCAAGUCCAUGCUGCAGACGUGGCUGCGACAACCGGAGGUCAACUACGGCAUCGAGAUCAACGCCUACAGCUCCAGGGGAGAGGAUCUGGCUGUGACAUCGGCCGAGCCUGGAGAGGAAGGACUGCAACCUUUCAUCGAGGUGAAGAUCCUGGACAGCCCCAGGAGGUCCCGUCGGGACUCGGGCCUGAACUGCGACGAGGAGUCGGCGGAGACGCGCUGCUGCCGCUACGCGCUGACCGUGGACUUCGAGGAGUUCGGCUGGGACUGGAUCAUCGCGCCCAAACGCUACCGGGCCAACUACUGCUCGGGCGAGUGCGAGUUCAUGCACCUGCAGCAGUACCCCCACGCACACCUGGUGAACAAAGCCAACCCGCGGGGCACGGCCGGGCCCUGCUGCACGCCCACCAAGAUGUCGCCCAUCAACAUGCUCUACUUCAACCGCAAGGAGCAGAUCAUCUACGGGAAGAUCCCGUCCAUGGUGGUGGACCACUGCGGCUGCUCCUGAACCAUCUCUCCUUUUCUUGGCCCCUGGAAACACAACUUUAUCAGUUUCUAGUAAUCAGCUGCUGAAUCAGAUGUUGUUGAUUUUCAAUAUGUAUUUUUUGAACUUGUCAUUUCUCCACCAUAACAAAAGAUACAGCUUUUCACAUAUUAUAAGACUUGUUGACCGUUGUCCAUCGUCCACACGUAGAUAAACUCCUGCUGCUCCCUGUCCUCCCGUCUCCUGAGAACGUGUCCUGACUUGAGUCCUGACCAGGACAAACCCUGCAGGGCGUCUUUCAUGUGCGCCCUGAUUUUACAAAACAUGAACUGAGUGACUCUCUGCCCUGACGCUUGUUUGCAGACUCCUCGCUGGGACCAGUUCCCAAGACCAGCACACGACAGAGAGAGAGAGAGAGAGACACUUUUAUAAGGACGUUGUUGCAGGUGUGUUGUGAUAUGUUGUCAACAUGCAGAGGCUUCGAUUCGGAGACGGCGGCUCCGUCUUCCCUCAGAGCAACAUGACAUCAUAUGGUCAGUAAAUGCUAACGUGGGUGGAUGGAUGGAGAUGAAGAGCCGUGACAGACGCUGAUAGGCUGAGAGAUUUCUCCUCAGUUUAGUUUCCUUUGUGCCUAUUCUGGAGGUUUCAUGGUUUAUUGUCUUCUUUUCCUGGUGUAUCGUUUUCUUGAAUCGUUUUCUUUCACACUAACAAACAACUGGAGGAGAAAAGACGUUCUCCUUGACGGAGGUAACACAUUAAAAGCCUGUCAAAGUGAUGUACACACACACACUCACACUGCCCUGGGAUCUGAAAAGAUUCAAAUGGAUUAGCUCUCUUCUUGUUUCACUCGUGACAUUAAGCAUACAUUUUACAACAAGAACAACAACAAGAGAUGUCCUGGUGUAGUGUGAGUGGAGAGACAUCUAGUGGACAGUAGAAGCACCGCAGCUGAAGUUGUGUGUGUGUUGUGUGUGUGUGUGUUGGUUGUUUGUUAAACUGGUGUAAAUAGGGUGCAGACACACACUGAUUAAUAAGCUGAUUUUCAGGACCUAUGAAUCCUCGUGGUGAACAAGCUCAAGAGAAUCAGACUCAGGCGUCUUCUGAAGCUUGAAUCAGAUCUAAAAAUCCUCAUCAACUGAUUUACCAGUGUCUGAACAACUGGGAAGACUGGGAGCCAUCGGCCAGAUUUAAUGUGAGCAGAAAUGUGAUCUCAGAGGGAGGCUUCAUCUCGAUUUGAAGCUGAGUGCAGAUGUCCUGCCUGUUGUUGUGCCUCGCUGGGGUUCCUGACCCACAAGCCUCGGCUCCGCUGUGGGAACAGGACGUCCACCAGUGACACACAUUCACGUUUGUGAUUCUGCAGUGAACUUCAGUUCACUUUUCUUUUUUCUUUUUUUAUAUGGUCACAUUGCUGCACCGAUGUGGAUCCAAGGUUGUUUUUGUGUUUCUUUAGAUGAGGCCACAAGAUGAGAGAAGAAUCAACACUUUAGAGAAGCUGAAUUGUUCCUUUUCAUGAGAUUUUGUAUCUGAAUAGAAUAGUUAAAUACCAGGUGGAUGAACUUGAUAUGUUUUGACUUUAAAUAUAUAAGAAGUUGAAUGUGUUUCUAGAAAACGAAUGAAACUAGCGUAUUUAGAUGCAUAUUUUUAAUUUCUUGCUAUUUAUCUUUCUCUUGAUAACACUCAGUGAAUAAAUAAAUGUGCUCACACACCCUCGAUGUUUGUGAAACCUGAGGUCGGUGCUCUGAUAGUGAAACUAACACUGAAGAAAUGACCGUAAAUGUGUGGUUUGAGUGUAAAACAAACAGGUUAUGAUUAAUCCCUGUAUUUACCUGCAGCUGUGGUUGUAAUGACGUUGCUAAGAAGAAGGACAAAUGUCCUGUAAGUCUCAUUAAUGUCAGAAGUACAAAGGUUUGCAGUUGA